UUCACCCAAAAAGAAAAAAAUUCAAACAAAAUCCCUUCACUCAUUUCUCUUUCUGCUACUAAAACAUUUUCUUUAGCCAAAAUGGAAGUCGCUGGUACUUUGUCCUGCAAAACAAUCAUUUCAGUACUGUUCCUCUUCCUUGCCUCUGUUGCCAACUGGGUGCAUUGCCAAGCUGCCGGCACACGAGUUGGUUUCUAUGCUCGUUCAUGCCCAACAGCUGAAGCAAUCAUUAAGUCCACAGUUCAAACCCACUUCAAUUCCAACCCUACCAUUGCUCCUGGCUUACUUAGGAUGCAUUUCCAUGACUGCUUUGUCCAUGGCUGCGAUGCUUCCAUUCUUAUUGACGGUCCAAACACCGAAAAGACCGCCGGACCAAACCUCAAUUUGAGAGGUUACGAAGUUAUCAACGACGCCAAAUCCCGGCUUGAAGCUGUAUGCCCCGGUACCGUCUCGUGCGCUGAUAUUCUGUCUCUUGCUACACGUGAUGCUGUCGUUCUGACCAAGGGGUUUAGUUGGCAGGUACCAACCGGCAGAAGAGACGGCCGGAUUUCAUCGGCUUCGGAUACAGCCAAUUUGCCUGGCUUUAGAGAAAGUAUUGAUUUACAAAAGCAAAAGUUCGUAGAAAAAGGUCUAAACACACAAGAUUUGGUCGCACUAGUUGGUGGACAUACUAUUGGUACUACAGCAUGCCGAUUGUUCAAAUACAGACUCUACAACUUCACUACCACCGGCAAUGGUGCCGAUCCCACCAUCAACCCUGCAUUCCUUCCUCAGCUACGAGCACUCUGUCCGCAGAACGGGGACGAUGCGGCUCGUGUGGGAUUGGACACCGGAAGCGUAGGCCGUUUCGAUACAGCUUUCUUCGAGAACUUGAGGAAUGGUAGAGGUGUUCUUGAGUCUGAUCAGAAGUUAUGGACUGAUGCCUCUACCAAAACUUAUGUUCAAAAGUUUUUGGGCGUUAGAGGAUUGCUUGGAUUGAAGUUCAAUGUGGAAUUUGGCAGGUCCAUGGUGAAAAUGAGUAAUAUUGGUGUUAAAACAGGCACUGAGGGUGAGAUUCGCAGGGUUUGUUCGGCUAUUAAUUAACUACUUCAGCUGAAAAUAAAUCUUAUAAUUCUUUUUUUUUUUUUUCUUUUUUGGGGGAAAUUUUGGGGAAUGAAUUGGCUUAAGCCUUUUUAGUACGUUUUUGGAUUUAAUAUUGUUGGAAUGAAUCACUGCUGAAGUGUAUACUCGUCUAAGAUUGACAUAUAUAUGUAGUUUGUAAUUUGAUCAGCAAAAGGAGACAAAAGAAAUUAUAUAUACAAGUUUUUCAUAUA